CUGGACUCAGAGCCAAGGUGGUGAGAAAGCUCCAGAAGGAGGAAACGCUCCUAACUUGCAAGGGGAGGGAAGUAGAGGACAGACAGACAGAAAUGGAUACAUAAACUGGGUCCAGCAACUUCUAGCAGGCAGGCAACCCUUGGGACCAUCUGUAUCCAAUGAGCUCUACAGUGUCUGCCUCCGUUGUGCCCAUGGCUGUGACGGCCUCCAAGAAGGAGUCUCCAGGUAGAUGGGGCCUCGGAGAGGAUCCGACAGGUGUGGGUCCCUCGCUCCAGUGCCGAGUGUGUGGGGACAGCAGCAGUGGGAAGCACUAUGGCAUCUAUGCCUGCAAUGGCUGCAGCGGCUUCUUCAAGAGGAGUGUGAGACGGAGGCUCAUCUACAGGUGCCAGGUAGGGGCAGGAAUGUGCCCAGUGGAUAAGGCCCAUCGAAACCAGUGCCAGGCCUGCCGGCUGAAGAAGUGCUUACAAGCAGGCAUGAACCAAGAUGCUGUACAGAAUGAGCGCCAACCUCGAAGCCUGGCUCAGGUCCACCUGGAGAGCAUGGAACCAGGCAGUGAUCCCCGACCAGAACCGGUGGUGGCCUCUCCUGCCUUGGCAGGGCCCAGUCCCCGGGGCCCCACAUCUGUAUCUGCAGCCAGAGCCAUGGGUCACCACUUUAUGGCCAGCCUCAUCUCUGCUGAGACAUGUGCUAAGCUGGAGCCAGAGGACGCCGAAGAGAAUAUUGACGUCACCAGCAAUGACCCCGAAUUCCCCGCAUCCCCCUGCAAUCUGGAUGGCAUCCAUGAGACAUCAGCUCGCCUGCUCUUCAUGGCCGUCAAAUGGGCCAAAAACUUGCCUGUGUUCUCCAACCUGCCUUUCCGGGACCAGGUGAUCUUGCUGGAAGAGGCAUGGAAUGAGCUUUUCCUUCUUGGAGCCAUUCAGUGGUCUCUGCCCCUGGACAGCUGCCCACUGCUGGCACCGCCCGAGGCCUCCAGCAGCUCUCAAGGCAGACUGGCCUUGGCCAGUGCAGAGAUGCGCUUCCUGCAGGAAACUAUCUCCCGCUUCCGUGCUCUGGCAGUGGACCCCACAGAGUUUGCCUGCCUGAAGGCCCUGGUCCUCUUCAAACCUGAAACACGAGGUCUGAAGGAUCCUGAUCAUGUGGAGGCUUUGCAGGACCAGUCCCAGGUGAUGCUAAGCCAGCACAGCAAGGCUCACCACCCCAGUCAGCCUGUGAGGUUUGGGAAAUUGCUUCUCCUGCUCCCAUCCUUGAGGUUCAUCACAGCUGAGCGCAUCGAGCUCCUCUUCUUCCGAAAGACCAUAGGGAACACUCCAAUGGAGAAGCUGCUGUGUGACAUGUUCAAAAACUAGUGGGAGUGCCAAGGGUACAGGCUCCUGGGCAACACAUCUUCGAAGCUAAAUAUUUUCCUGCCUUUCUCAUCCAGUAAUUCCACAUGCAGGUAUUUGUACCUUGCAGAAAUUUCUCCCAAAAUAUAUUAUUGGAAAGUCAUAGCUGUCUUAAUAUUAAUGCCCUAACUCUGUUUGGACAGUAGAAUGCAUGGAUGUGCUGUUACAGUCAUAGGAGAAACAGCUGUGGCAAACAUAAAAAUAAAAAUGAACAGGGGUCCAGGAGACAGGGAGACAUUUUAUUGCCUAGAAGUUGAACAAAAGCCAGGCAUGUAUAUCCCGUGUUCAAGACCAGGGGCGGCGAGGGGAAGGGAGGAAGGUGGGAAUGCAAAGAAAAGGAAAUGAGAAAAGAAAAAUCCAGAAUAAACCGAUAGAGAGAAAGCCAGAGUCAGCUCAGGGUGGGGGUGGGGAAUCGGAAGAGGGAAAAUGGCCUCCUGCUCUAGGAAUGCCCUUUAUUUGGUUCGGAUGAUAACUUGACAGUCAUUAAAACUCAUUGAGCACUUAAAA